CUGUCUGCAGAUCCUAACUUUUUCCCAUCAAGAUGGCUAAAAGCUCCUUCCUACUAGAACCAGUGAACAUCCUUCCAAUCAGUCUGGUAUCUGCAGCAAAGCUACUCUCUCAUCCCUAGUCUGUGCUCAUCCAGUGUGCUCCACACCGCUGGUCAUACUGCUUCCUUGUUACAGUGCCCAGCUCUGUGCCCUCCUGUCCAGGCUAUGCCACCUUUCCGAUAGUUCUGAGAAAGCAACAGUGUUUGCUGCACGUAGAAAGCAGGCAUCCAUCCUGGGCCUUCUCCAUCUCCACAACAUGCCUAAAAACCUAUAGAAACACUAUAUGUUGUGUUUUCUUUGUGUCACACCUUAGGAAAGCAAAACGAACUGGUAGAACUCUAUGUUGGCAAGGUGUUGAUGUGCUGUGAUUGUGGAGCAAGUGCAGUUGUGCUACAGGAGCGCAGUGUUCUCAUGAUAGUGGUACUCAUCUUCAGCCAGGCUGUGCUUCCAGUGUUUGUACCUGCUCUGGAGGUGCCCUUCGCUCGCUACUUGGCAAUGAACAAAAUCACCAAUAUCAAGCGCUACCACAUCGCAAAGGUGUACAGGCGGGACAACCCGGCCAUGACCAGGGGCCGCUACAGGGAGUUCUACCAGUGCGAUUUUGACAUUGCCGGCCAGUAUGACCCUAUGAUUCCUGAUGCUGAGUGCCUGAAGAUAAUGCAUGAGAUCCUGAGCGAGCUGCAGAUUGGGGAUUUUCUCAUUAAGGUUAACGACAGACGAAUUUUGAAUGGCAUGUUUGCCAUUUGUGGCAUCCCGGAGAGCAAACUUUCAACUAUGUGCUCUACUCUGGACAAGCUGGACAAGAUGCCAUGGGAGGAAGUGAGGAGCGAGAUGGUGGGAGAGAAGGGACUCUCACCUGAGGCUGCAGAUCGCAUCGGGGAGUACGUCCAGCUUCACGGUGGCCUGGACCUGAUUGAGCAGCUUCUCCAGGACCCAAAGCUGUCGCAGAACAAGCUGGCCAAGGAGGGGCUGGGGGACAUGAAGCUGCUGUUUGAGUACCUGACGCUGUUUGGCAUCACGGGGAAGGUCUCCUUUGACCUGAGCCUAGCCCGAGGCCUGGAUUACUACACGGGGGUGAUAUAUGAGGCUGUCCUGCUGCAGCAGGAGAAUGACCAUGGAGAGGAGUCAGUCAGCGUUGGGAGCGUGGCUGGAGGCGGUCGCUAUGAUGGCCUGGUGGGAAUGUUUGAUCCCAAGGGACGGAAGGUGCCGUGUGUGGGGGUCAGCAUUGGGAUUGAGCGGAUCUUCUCCAUCCUUGAGCACAGAAUGAAGGCUUCAGGGGAGAAAGUCCGAAUGACUGAGACACAAGUGAUGGUGGCUACACCUCAGAAACAUUUACUCAGUGCAAGACUGAAGCUCAUCUCUGAGCUCUGGGAUGCAGGAAUCAAGGCAGAAAUGAUGUACAGAAAGGACCCUAAACUGCUAAAACAGCUGCAGUAUUGCGAAGACAUGGGCAUCCCCCUUGUUGCCAUUAUAGGAGAGCAGGAGCUGAGGGAUGGAGUUGUCAAGUUGCGAGAUGUUGCAACAAGAGAGGAGGUUGAUAUCCCAAGAGAACAGCUUGCUGCUGAGAUCAGAAGAAGGCUGGUGCCCUAGCACUUUCCUGUCCUGAGCUGCACAACUGGAAACCCCACUGCCCAUAGCCAUUACCUUCCUGCUCCUCAAAACCCUGUGAUUAGGAUUGCGUGGCAGUCUCAGGCCGUGGCAGCGGGCAGAAGGAGCAAGCAGGUUUUAAAAAUCACGUGUAGUGCCAUACCUUGGUUAAUGGCUGCUGGCCAGGCUGAGCUUCUGUGCCCUGAACCAGCAUGAUGUGAGGCUGAGCAGGAGGUCAGUGCUGGCGAACAAGGUGGCACAGCGAGGGCAGGCAGACUGGCACAGCAGAUACAGCCAGUGAAAGCCGAGCCCCUGCUUGCCUCGGGGCAGGGCUGGCUGCGCACGGCAGCACCUCUUGCCUUACGGACGGGGCUGUGCUGCUGCUGGGAAGCUGCAACGCGGCCUGUGAGCGCUGUGAGGAGCCGGCCGCGCUGUGCAGCCAGGCUGGGCUGCGGGCAGCCGAGGGCCGCUGAUGGUGACCGCCGGCGUGGGGUCCGGUGAGACCUGACCCUCAGCGCCGGGAGCACGGGGCUGCGGUGCUCCUAUAGGGGGUGGGCGGCUGGAGCCUCGUUGUAUGAUAGGAAAUAAAACAGAAAGAAAGAAAAGGCUCCGCAGCCAUCGCUCGG